AUGGCAGAGGAGAGGCAAGAGCUCUGGGUUGCUUGGAAUGGCAGAGGAGAGGCAAGAGCUCUGGGUUACUUGGAAUGGCAGAGGAGAGGCAAGAGCUCUGGGUUACUUGGAAUGGCAGAGGAGAGGCAAGAGCUCUGGGUUACUUGGAAUGGCAGAGGAGAGGCAAGAGCUCUGGGUUACUUGGAAUGGCAGAGGAGAGGCAAGAGCUCUGGGUUGCUUGGAAUGGCAUUUUUUUUUUUUUUUUUUUUUCCCUCAUUCAAUUCCAUUACUAAUAAGGGUUCUUUGUUGUUCCAGCAAUUAACGCUAUUCUUGGAUGCUGGUCACAAUCUUCCAUUCCCCGAUGGCCUUCUCAUCAAUGGGCGAGGAUGGAACGGGUACACAUUCACUAUCGAUCAAGGUAAGACAUACAGGUUCAGGAUAUCAAAUGUGGGCCUUGCGACAUCCAUUAACUUUAGAAUACAAGGGCACACAAUGAAAUUAGUAGAGGUAGAAGGAUCGCAUACACUCCAGAAUGCUUACUCUUCCCUCGACAUCCAUUUGGGUCAAUCCCUUUCUGUCUUGAUCACUGCUGAUCAGCCUCCAAAGGAUUACUACAUUGUCGUUUCUUCGCGCUUCACCUCUCGAAUACUCACAACCACAGCCAUUCUCCACUACAGUAACUCAUUUACCCGUGUUUUUGGUCCUCCUCCUGGAGGGCCUACCACUCAGAUUGAUUGGUCCCUCAACCAGGCCAGAUCUAUAAGGUGGAAUCUCACUGCAAGUGGACCGCGUCCGAACCCACAAGGCUCAUACCAUUAUGGAAUGAUACAAACUUCCCGGACCAUCAUGCUUGCAAACUCUGCACCUUUUAUCAAUGGCAAGCAGAGGUAUGCUGUGAAUGGUGUCUCAUUCUUCCGUCCUGACACUCCGUUGAAACUCGCUGACUACUUCAAUAUUGGGGGAGUCUUCAAUCUGGGAAGCAUCCCUGACAGCCCCAACUGGGGAAACGGCUACCUUGCCACGUCUGUCAUGGCUGCUAAUUUCCGUGCUUUUGUUGAGAUUGUGUUCCAAAACUGGGAGGACACCGUACAGUCUUGGCACAUUGAUGGCUAUUCCUUCUUUGUUGUUGGGAUGGAUGGGGGGCAGUGGACGCCAGCAAGCAGAUCACGCUACAAUUUGAGAGACACAGUUGCCCGUUGCACGACUCAAGUUUAUCCCAAGUCAUGGACUGCAAUCUACAUUGCACUGGACAAUGUGGGAAUGUGGAACAUUAGGUCCGAGAACUGGGCAAGGCAAUACUUGGGCCAACAAUUCUAUCUGAGGGUAUACUCCCCUGCAAAUUCAUGGAGAGAUGAAUAUCCUAUCCCAAAGAAUGCUCUUCUUUGUGGUCGAGCAUCCGGUCGCCACACCCGACCUCUUUUAUCCCAAUAAGAGGGCAUAAUUUCUGUCACGAGAGGGUGACCGGGAUUUGUUGGGUUCAGACAGAGGGUUCUCUGCGGGAACAGGUUUAAUGCUCAACUCGAGCAACUGAGUCAUUAAUUUCUUCAUUCCUCAUUCCUCAUUCAAUUUUUUUUUUUCUUUCCCUUCUUAUAUCGUCAUUUAUUUUGUAAAACCUAGUCUAGUUUCAGAAUCCGAUGUGACUACUUGAUCCUUAUUUACCACGAAGAAAUUGAAUUAGUUGUUGCUACUUGUGUAGUGUUCUUGGCAAUCUGUCGUCUUGAAAGGCAUUGAUCUUCUGAAUCAAUGUGGUUAGUCAUGAAAACUCUGCUCAUUCCAAUAAUAGAGUUGAAGGUUCUAACCAGAAUGGUGUAAUUUGGUGUUCUAUCAUAUGCUGUAAAUUGUGCUUUUUGUUCCUAUAUACCUCUUCGGGAUGUAAUUUGCUUUU